AACAAGAUGACGAAGGAGGAGUUUGUGAAGAACAACCGGGGUAUCAAUGACCAUCAGGACCUCCCACGAGAAUAUCUUGAGGGCCUCUAUGAUGGCGUUCUUCACAGUCCCAUCUCGCUGCAAGAAGACCAAGAGGCCAGAAAUCGGCAAGAGUCCCAAGCAGCAAGAGACUCUACCCAGAAGUACGAGCUCUUCGUCAAGGAAACGGAGAGCAUGGUUCAAAAGACUAAGGCUGCGAUGCAAAGCCGAAGGAAGAGCUCUGCGUACGUGGUGGCACAAAGCGUUGAGCAUGUGAAGCCUCUUUUUGAAGUGGCUUGUUGGCCUUAUUUGGCGACCCUGGCAGUGCUCUUG